UCGUGGCUGGCUGGCCGUGGCUGUCACUCCCGGGCCAUUUCCCCGAGGCCAGCGCUCUGCUGGGGGCGGGAGGAAGAGGGGCCGGACUGGGGCCUGACGAGCGGUCGCUGUCUUCACGGAUGCUAUGACCAGCGGGCGAGGCGCCCUCCGCAGCUCCGCGCAGUGUUAGUCGCGGCCGUGAGUCCACUGAAGCCGUCUGGGUCUCCAGUGCGGCCGCUCCCGCGGGCCCCUCGGCUCUCCUAGCGCUGCCCGCAAGGCGAGGCGGAGGUAGGAUGAAGAUGACGGUGGAUUUCGAGGAGUGUCUGAAGGACUCGCCCCGCUUCAGGGCUGCUUUGGAAGAAGUAGAAGGAGAUGUGGCAGAAUUGGAACUAAAACUUGAUAAGCUUGUGAAGCUUUGUAUUGCCAUGAUUGAUACUGGAAAAGCCUUUUGUGUUGCAAAUAAACAGUUCAUGAAUGGGAUUAGAGACCUAGCACAGUAUUCUAGUAAUGAUGCUGUAGUUGAGACAAGUUUGACCAAAUUUUCUGACAGUCUUCAAGAAAUGAUAAAUUUUCACACAAUCCUGUUUGACCAAACUCAGAGAUCAAUUAAAGCACAACUUCAGAACUUUGUUAAAGAAGAUCUUAGAAAAUUCAAAGAUGCCAAGAAGCAGUUUGAAAAAGUCAGUGAAGAGAAGGAAAAUGCAUUAGUAAAAAAUGCCCAAGUACAAAGAAAUAAGCAGCAUGAAGUUGAGGAAGCCACAAACAUUCUGACAGCCACAAGAAAGUGUUUUCGACACAUAGCCCUUGACUAUGUGCUUCAGAUUAAUGUUCUUCAAUCAAAAAGGAGAUCAGAAAUCGAUAACCCCACGGUAGUAGUUGAAGAUCUCAGGCUUUGCACAGUAAAGCAUUGUGAAGACAUAGAAAGACGGUUCUGCUUUGAGGUAGUCUCUCCAACAAAGAGUUGUAUGCUCCAGGCAGAUUCUGAAAAGCUGCGCCAGGCAUGGAUUAAGGCUGUUCAGACCAGUAUUGCAACUGCUUAUAGAGAAAAGGGUGAUGAAUCAGAGAAGCUGGAUAAGAAAUCAUCUCCAUCAACAGGAAGCCUAGAUUCUGGAAAUGAGUCAAAAGAGAAAUUAUUGAAAGGAGAAAGUGCACUGCAGCGGGUCCAGUGUAUCCCUGGAAAUGCCAGCUGUUGCGACUGUGGUCUGGCAGAUCCUCGGUGGGCCAGCAUCAACUUGGGCAUCACCUUGUGUAUCGAGUGCUCUGGAAUUCAUCGGAGUCUUGGGGUUCAUUUUUCAAAAGUACGAUCUUUAACUUUAGAUACCUGGGAGCCUGAACUUUUAAAGCUUAUGUGUGAAUUGGGGAAUGAUGUUAUAAAUCGUGUUUAUGAAGCCAAUGUGGAAAAAAUGGGAAUAAAGAAACCACAACCAGGACAAAGACAGGAGAAAGAGGCAUAUAUCAGAGCAAAGUAUGUGGAAAGGAAAUUUGUGGAUAAAUAUUCUAUAUCAUCAUCACCUCCUGAGCAGGAAAAAAAGAUUGUCUCCAAAGGUUGUGAAGAAAAGAGGCUGAGCAUUUCUAAAAUUGGGCCUGCUGACCAAGUCAGAGCAUCUACCCAAAGUUCAGUCAAAAGUAAUGACAGUGGGAUCCAGCAGAGCUCUGAUGAUGGGAGAGAAUCUCUGCCCUCCAUGGUGUCAGCCAGUAGUUUAUAUGAGCCUGAAGGAGAAAGGCAAGAUUCUUCUGUGUUUCUCGACUCUAAACAUCUUAAUCCAGGACUUCAGCUUUAUAGGGCUUCAUAUGAAAAAAACCUUCCUAAAAUGGCUGAGGCUUUGGCUCAUGGUGCCGAUGUGAAUUGGGCUAACUCAGAGGAAAACAAAGCAACACCACUUAUUCAGGCUGUAUUAGGGGGCUCUUUGGUGACAUGUGAGUUCCUCCUACAGAAUGGUGCUAAUGUGAACCAAAGAGAUGUCCAAGGGCGGGGACCACUACACCAUGCCACUGUCUUAGGGCACACAGGGUAACUAUAGUGUUUAAAUAUUUAGGUAGAUGUUA